GAGGGAGGUGAGGGUGGGGGCUCCUCUCUCUCUCCUCCCCUCUCUCUCUCUCUCUCCCCCAUAGAGCGCAGCAUGAGCGCUCCACAGCAAAAGGAUGUGCGAGCAGGCAGCGCGUUACUGUAGGGACGGAGUCCACAAACUGCUCAACAAAGAACAAGCCAAACUUCGAGCCCAGGAAACCAGCGAGCUGCAGCCGAACCCCGUGGCCGGUCAGGACAGCGAGUCCGCGACGGCAGCGCAGUCCGGAAACAGCGGCGCUCAGCCCGGUGGAAUCGACGGGCUCGUCCGCUGGAUCGUCACCAAAAUGAGCGACAACAAGAACAUCUCCAGCCGGGAGUACGCCUCCAGCAAGGAGGACGUGGCCGUGGCGCAGGAGCAGUUCUUCGCCCCGGAGCCGCGCAGAGGCAUCUCCGUGAUUCUGGAUAUAUUCAGAAGAGCCGACAAAGACGAUGAUGGUAAACUGUCUCUGGAUGAGUUCCAGGCCUUCUUCUCGGAUGGCACGCUGAACGAGGAGGAGCUGGAGAAGCUGUUUCACACCAUCGACUCUGAUAACACCAGUAAUGUUGACACUAAGGAACUCUGUGACUACUUUGCCAAACACAUGGGGGACUAUGAGGGAGUCCUGGCCUCGUUGGAAACUCUCAACCUGUCCAUCCUCAAAGCCAUGGACUUCACCAAGAAGGUGUAUGAGAGAGGAACCAACGUGGAGCAGUUUGUAACACGCUUCCUCCUGAAGGAAUCAGCCAAUCAGAUCCAGUCUCUUCUGAACUCUGUGGAGAGCGCCGUGGAUGCCAUCGAUGAACAGCACAGCCAAUCAGGUCAUCCACCCGCCAAGGUGAGUCCACGAGUGCCCGAGAGGCGCUACGAAAACACUGUCCCCGACUAUCCUCCCAACAACAGAGUCAGUGCCAGGGAAGCUGUCAGGACCAUCAACACUGCUUCAGGGGCAGUGGAGGUGAGGAAAGAAGGUCUGGAGUCGCAGAUCAACCGCCUGGCUGAACUCAUCGGUCGACUGGAGAAUAAGACGGUCUGGUUUGAUCUGCACCAGAGGCUAACAGACACAGAUGGCACCACCAGCGCAUCCUUGCUGCUGAUUCGUCAGGAGAUGGUGGUUUCCCAGAAGAAGCUCGGCGAGUUCUGCGAGGCUCUGAAGCAGUACCUGAAGAACGUCUCCGCUCAGAGAGACUGCUUUCAUGUGACCGCCGUGCGUCUGCCAGACGGUUUAUCCUUCGUCGUCUACGAGUUCUGGGACGGAGAGGAAGAGUGGAAGAGACACCUCCAGUCUCCCCCCAACAAAGCCUUUCAGCAUGUGAAGGUGGAUACACUGUGCCAGCCCGAGGCCGUCUCCUCUGUAGCCGUGCCAGCCGCCUGGUGCAGCGUGAAGAGGGCCUGAGCAUGAUGAAGAUAACACGUCAAGACUCCUGGACUCUGUCCACGUCCUCUUUAAACCUUUUUUGUCCCUUUGCAUUUUCACCCACUCUCACUCCCCUUUCCUCCUCCUCCUCCUCCUCCUCCUCCUCCUAUGCCCCCUCAAUCCUCACAUUCCCUCAACUCUUUUUGUAAGUACAUGUUUACACAGUGCAAAUCAAUGGUGUCAACUUCAGUGAAAAAAAUGCAUUUUACGGCGUGAGAUUAUUUAAACACGUUUGCAUCUCGCCCCUGGGUAGUUUGCUGGUUUGAGAUUUUGGAUUAUUUCAUGUUCAUGAUUCAAGUAGCUUUUGAGCCACUGGUGAGGUGGAGUUUGUCAUGUAGCAUGGACCCGCGGUUGAGUUUUUCAUGUAGCAGUAACUGUUUUUGGGAAGAGCAUUGUGUCGUUUUGUUUUCCCCCUCAUUAUUAUUAUUAUUAUUAUUAUUAUUAUUAUUAAUAAUUUAUAUUAAAGGUAGAAUUUACACGAAGCUGUCACAUCAUAGUAGCUGCUCUUUCCACAUUAUUUUGUUCCAACAACUAUUAUUUUUUUGAUUUGUAAAAUGACCACAUUGUUUGGACAUUAUUCCCACAUCAGCCAUUCUGAACUUCCAGUGAUACAGUAUGUUGGGUAAAUGAGGUUCCAACACACCAAUAUUAUCUGUAAUCUCAGGAAAUCACUGCAUGCUUGACUAAACUUUAGCUUGAGGGUUACCGUGAGUUUCUGAACAAGGGACUUGAUGAAGAGACCAGACAGAGAGUUCUGGCAGUUCUGAUUUACUCUUGUGCAGGUAGAUUUGUCCUAAAGAUGAAACAACCAAGAUGGCUGCUGCUGAUGUAAAGAGCUCUGUUGAAUCCUCUAUAAAGUAAAAGUAUUCUCUUCACGCUAUAGUCUCUUAAAAUGUGCUGUCUCUUGGGUCAUGUGUCCACAGGUUUCCCCAAGUUGUCAUGAUUCCAUUGUCAUGUUCCCAAGAUUUUAUCUUCCUAGGAUCAUAUGUUCCUAAUUCUUACAUUCGCCAGAUUUCAUACGUUCCCAAGUCCAUACUUCACAAAUAUUUCAGGU